AUGAAGGUAUCGAUAGCAAUCGCAGGCCUAUUCGCCUCGCCCGCGUUUUGUUACCUCCGUUUGCCCCAUCGGGGCCAAUCCGCGGCUUCAAUCCGUCGAAACAAAUUCACGAUCCAAUCCCCCGCUGGAUAUCUCGGACAGAAACCACUAGAUCUUGAUUUUCCAAUAAUUUCAAAGGACCGGACUCCUCUUACAUCUGAGCCAUUCUCCAUCGACGACCCGAAGGGGAUUAGAAUCCACCCGGUCGAUGAAAGAGUCUGCAAAUCGGGUUCGCGACAGUUAACGGGUCACGUCAAUGUGACACAACACAAAAGCCUUUUCUUUUGGUUCCACGAGUCGAGACGAGAUCCUAAGAAUGACCCGUUGAUUAUUUGGUUGAAUGGAGGCCCUGGUGCGUCAUCGCUUAUGGGAGGGUUUACAGAACUCGGUCCUUGUAUGAUCGAUGACGAAGGGAAAAGCACCGUUUAUAACAAACACGGGUGGAGUAACUUCGCCAACAUCAUAUUCGUGGAUCAGCCAGCUGGCGUUGGGUUCUCGACUGUAACGAAUGACUCCUACCUCCCAUACACCGCUCAAGUCGCCUCGACCGACUUUUCGGUCUUCAUCAGACGUCUCUUCAAACACGUCAUCCCGGAGUUUGCCUCUCACAAUGUUCACUUCAUGGGCGAAUCCUUCGGUGGGGUAUACUUCCCCAGCAUUCUUACCAAAAUCUUAGACCAGCAACAGUCGCUCCGUGAACUAGGCCUACCGGAUCCAUUUCCAAAGGUCGAGUCAUUGGUCUUAGCGGAUGCAUUAGUAGACUGGGCUACCAACAUGAUUGGAAGCUAUAGAACGGCUUGCGUUCAACGACCGGAUGAAACGGGUGUUGAAGGGCAGAUAUUGAACAAGACUGCUUGUGAGGUUCUUAGUGCUGCCAUCCCGGAUUGUGAGAAGCUGGGGAAUGAGUGUAGGCUAUCAAUGGAUGGACCUACCUGCCAAGCUGCAGCUUUGGUUUGUGAUUCUAUGGGAGAAUCAUUUUGGGACCUUGCGAGAGCGGGAGAGAGGAAUCCUUAUGACAUGCGAGGAGAUUGUCCGGAUAGAGACCUUUGCUUAGGCUACUUCGAAAAGCGAAUGAUAAAGUACUUCAACCAACCACACGUCCUAGAAUUACUAGGACUACCAAACACCACAGUAUACCACGACAUCAACGAUGAAGUCAACAGUCGCUGGUCAGAAUGGGGUUACGAUACAGUUCUUCCCGUGCUGAAUAGGAUGACACAAAUUCUCGAAGAAUCCGAUGUUAGAGUAUUGGUUUAUAACGGAAACUCCGACUGGAUUAUUAAUACCGCCGGAGCCCUGGGAUGGAUGGAUAUCGUGCGUUGGAAGGGGAAUGGUGAAUUCCGAGCCGCAGAUCUACAACCAUGGGAGUAUACAGACGACGAUGGGAAGAAACACAGAGGAGGAAUGACAAAACAGGCAAAAGAUGGUAAACUAACUUUUGCGAGUAUUGAUAAAGCGGGACAUAUGGCUCCUAACGAUCAACCCAUUGCCCUCGAGACUUUGGUGCGGUCUUGGGUAGAAAAGAAGUUCAGCCCUUCAAAUUAG